AUGUCGAAACUGACAAUCGUCGAUGUCCUUGAGCUUCAUGCUACAUGUCGCAACAUUCAGAAAUUGAACCUUGUACGCCAGUAUCUUGACGGGGAACUGGCCUUUCACUGUACCGAAAAGUUUCGCAACCCUGAGGUUUGGGACUCGAUUUCUAAGCUGGGUCUGACCCGAGUGUGGAUUAAAUCGUACAGCAGCGCUGCUUCACUAUCUGGUAUCUCGACCCUGACAAACCUGAAAACGGUACGUCUUGAAAAUCGUGGCUCGGUCAGCGACUCCGUCAAUUUAUCAAUACUCUCGAAACUAACAUCACUGGAAAACCUCGAUUUGAUCGGUAUCCGCGCGUGCAAGGGGUCUUUGCGAGACCUCCACCAGUUGAAGCAACUUGAACUUAGCGACUGUCCAUUUGACGUGGACCCUAUCAUCAGGAGUUUGGGGGGUCUGGUUAAUUUGCGCCAAUUGUGCCUAGACGAAUCCGGGGCGGAGGACGAAGGUGACUAUCUGGAUUUGGAGUCCCUGUCUCGUUUGAACCAGUUAACGAAGCUCGAAAUUACUGCCAACGACCCCCGUGUAUCGGUGGAACCAUUGACGGGAUUGCGCAAUUUGGAACAUCUGGAAUUGCACAGUAUGCACAUUCUAGACUACGAAAUGCUCGGACACCUGAUUAAUCUGAAGACCCUAGUGUUGUCGAAUGCCGAAUACGUGAAACACGGUGAGUAUUCUGUUGACUUCCGUCUAUGUAAAAACCUGGAAUCUCUAAACAUAUCCGAGGAUGAUGAUUUAGAGGACUGUUUGUUACCAGAAGGAUUUGUUAAUAAAGUUUAA